AUGGCAUCUCGUCGUUCCUCGAUUCGACGUCGCUCUGAUCCGAUGAAUCGACCUACUAGUCAACGUUCUCAGCGUUCAAAUAGUUGUCAUUCCAUGCCAAUUUGGUGUAAAAAUGAAGACUACAGUGACUAUGACAGUGUUUGUAUUGCAGAAGAAGUUGUUGGGAUUUCAGGCUUCCUGACAUCAAUUCAAGCAGGUUUCCAAGGUCUCAUGAAGCACAGAUUUGAAGAUUUUAUCGUCCAUGAGCUUUCACUGCACGCCAAGGUCCCGAUAACGCUACAAAGUGUGGCUAAAAAGAACAAGAAGGUGUCAUUACUCUUCCAGGAGCAUGUCUUGGACUUGUUAUGGGGUGUCAUGCCGUCUCAAGACAAGACAAGAAGACACUAUCAACAGGAAAAGGAUGAGAUCAUUAGUCUUGUACGUCAAUUGGCUCGUAAAUUGCAGCACAUGUCGUUGGAGCUACAAAAACGUGGUCAAGUUGCCCAAGAAGCGUAUCAUUUGCAACAAUUGGUAGGAUUGGUGACAAGAGAGAUUGGUGUGAAGAAAGGCAAAGAGUUUCGACAGUUUUUAGACAAAGUUGAGCAAGCAAGAGUUGAGUUUGAGUCGAAGAAGAAAAAGCACAAUCAAGAUGAAGCUGCAGUGGCAGCAGUAGAAGGAUUGUCAUUUUAUCUUGGAGGACUAAAUGAUAAAGCAGAUCGAGUGUUUAUCCAUGAAACAAUGAGGAGAUACGGUAAGACGAGGAUUGUAGCUGAUACGCUCAAUAUUGGCGAAGAUACGGCGGUUAUUCGUGUCAGACCUCAUUUUGCAGUUAAGUUGUUACCAAGCGCAAGAGAUAACAGAAGGGAUUGGCCUGUUGGACAACCGGAUUACUUACAGUUCACGCUGUACAAACGCAAUAAGGAUACGACAGCGGUGAUUAAUCAACUGGCGUCUAUGUUGAAAAUCUCGCCAACGCUGUUUUCUUGUGCUGACAUUAAGGAUAAGCGUGGAAUAACGACGCAGCUCUGCACAGUGUAUCGUGUACAGAAGGAACGUGCUCAAGUUGUAUUUCGACCUGGCGGCAAUAAGAAGCUGGAAGAUCAACAGUUUCUCGUGGGGGACUUUCGGUACGUGUCACGAAAACUGGAGCUGGGUGAUUGUGCUGGUAAUCGCAUUGCCAUGGUGGUUCGAUCUUUGCCUGAAGACGAAAACGAGUUGUCGGAGAAGGAUGUGCAUGACGCAGUACACAGCUGGGAAGCGCGCGGGUUUAUUAAUUUUUUUGGUCUACAACACUUUGGCAACGCCAGUACUUCUUAUCAUCUGAUCGGACGUUCGAUGCUGCGUAAAGACUACAAGUUGGCUGUGUUGUUACUACUUCGUCCACAAGAGGGCGAAGCUAGCAAAAUCCGUGCUGCGCGAGAACACUUUCGCCAGCACAAGGAUGUGGCAGCAGCUCUCCGAAUGUUUCCGCCCUUUUUGGUACCAGAGCGAGCGGUUCUCGAGGGUCUGCAGCAGCACGGCAUCGAUGCGCACGAGCUCGCGUUCAACUGUAUUCCGAAACCACUCCGUGUAUCUUAUGUGGAGGCGUACCAGUAUUUUGUUUGGAACGAGAUGGCGAGUAUGCGAAUAUCAAAAUACUCGUCAACAUCAGCUAUUGUUGGUGACUUUGUUUCAAAAGCAAAGGUUGACGUAAAGACUGUGCGAGCAUUAGAUGGAGCAAGUGAACCAGCAAGGAAGCGCCAGCGGACUGGAAAAAGCACAAGGAGGCAGUUGGUCCAGGAGGUUGUAGAAGUUACGGAGGCUAAUGUAGACCAGUACUCAAUCGACGACGUAGUACUGCCACUUCCAGGGCACGCUGUCAAGUACCCUACAAACGAAAUUGGUGCUGUGUACCGAAAAUUGCUCACGACGGAUGGAAUCGAUUUGAACGCGCAUUUUGGACCUGACGGAAGCCAAACCUAUUUGCUGGAUGGAUCGUACCGCAACUUGGUGAGCAAGCCCACCCGUGUGUCGUUUCGAUUACAGCGCUACACGGACCCGACCAAACCUUUGAUUUCCAAUGACGUUGACGCGUUGCUUGCAAACUCUCCUGCUGCUUUGUUGGGCAGCUCCAUUGCAAAGGACGCAGCAAAUAAUUUGUCGAAAGAAGUGACAGAAAAUGCAUCACAGCGUGCACUAGUGCUGGAAUUCGAUUUGGAGUACGGCUCAGACGCGACGAUUGCCAUCCGUGAGUUGAUGAAGCAGAGUAGCAGCGUUCGAGUAAAUUGGCAGACGUCUAGUUGUGAAGCAGCAAGUGGCGAAGCUGCAAAAGUCAUCAAUGGCUCAUGUGCUGCAGACUCAGUAUUCAGCAAUAAUAAGAGUUGCGGUUCGUAUGUGACGCGAGGAGACCCACGCAAGGUCAUUAAAGCUCAAAAAAAGACUCAAGUGGCUAUCGGCCGCCCAGGCUUCAGCCUCGGCAGGUCGUAA